AUGCCGCCCAAAGCUGGAGAGCAGAAGCGAAAACGAGGUCGCCCCUCAAACGCGUCUAGAACGGCCGACACGUCCCCAGGUUCUCCCGAAGCUGCAGAAACAGAGGAGGCAGCGGCACCAGCGAAACGCGGUCGGCCAAGCACACGCAAGGAAGCCGAGGCGGCUCCUCCGGUCGAGGAAGCCACAACCAAAAGGAGGGGCAGACCACCUCGCGAAGCAGCAACAGAAGAAGAAGAAGAAGUGGUAAAUGAGGAGGAAUCCGUGCCGGCGCAAGCGAAGCAAAAGUCGAAGAAGGCUGCCAAGGGCAAUUCAAACGACGCCAAAGAAGUUGACAACCAAGAUGAGUCAAUAAAUCGAGGAGAGAAAGCCGCACGAGGCAAGGCAGGCCGGAAGCCAAGAAAGGAGACGAACGAGGGAGGCCAGGACGAAGACGAGGCCAACACAAGCAAUGCGACCAAGAAAAAGCGUGGCCGUCCAGCGAAGACCGUGGAAGAGCAGCCCGAAGAGGUUGCAUCUCCAGAGCCGGCUCCUAAAAAGAAGCGUGGACGACCGUCUCUAGACAGGAAACCAGCAGCCGAAGAAACAUCGAAAGCAGUCGAGGAGAAGGUCACACCCAAGAAGCGAAGAGGACAGCCCAAGGGAAAGGCUUCCGAGGCUGAGGAGCCUGCCCCCGAGGAAGAAGCCGAGGCCGUGUCCGUCCCUGAGAAGAAACGCGGACGAAAGGCAAAUGUCAUGGUGGAGGAGACGGAGGAGCAACCAGCUGAAGAAGAACCGGCGGUUGUCAAAAAAAGACGCGGUCGUCCCGCAGCGCAAGCCAAACCAGAGGCGCAAGAAGCGUUGCAGUCAGAUCCAAAGGAAGCUUUGAGGCGGAAAGAGAAGCAGCCUGCACCGGCAGAGGAGACAACAGCUGAAACAGCUGAUAAGCCGACGAAAAAGCGGCGGAAGAGACCUUCUCAAGGCGAGGAAGAAGAAGCGUCACCAGAUACGGAACGUCGCCGGCCUGGCCGUCCUCGGACUUCAGAUGCUGCAUCCCCACAGAAUCAAAACUCCAAACCGCGCAAAUCCAAGAAACGCCCGACGGAAGACGAUACAGCAGAAGCAGCAGCACCUGCAAAGAAACGCCGUCGACGCACGUCUGACGAAAUCCAAGAGCAGAAAAAACAGCAACAGAAACGGCAGCAACAGCAGCAACCCAAGCCCGAACCGCCAAAAACAGCCCGCCGGGUCCCUAAACACCGACACAUCGCCGCCCGCGUGCGCCAAGUUCCCCGCUCGAUAAUAGAAGAGAAAUGGUCCCCCCUCACGAACCCCUCCCUCUCCAUCGUCUCUGACCUCCUCCGCCUCGCCGAGCGCCCCGUCCUCCAGCGCAUCUCGGGCAGCGAGAAGCGCCGUGACCAGGCCGCCUCUGCCCUCCACCUCAUCACGAAUCGCCUCGUUAAGAAGCUCUCCCGCGGCCUACCCUUCCCGCCGGCCUCCGUGCCACCCGCAGGCAAGAGCAACAGAAAGCUGCUGGACACGGAUGGCGGGCGCAUCGAGGAGCUCAACUUUGAACGCGUCAUCGAGGGUGUCGCAGCCCUUGAGAGGCAGCUCGAUCCCCUCCUCCACGCCGUGGAGCUCCUCAAGGCCGAGAGGGAGCGCGAGGAGAAGGCGCUGGAGGAGGACCACGAUACCCUUAGGACACUGGAGGCCAACGCCCGCUCCGAGGCCAGGAACUUCAAGGACAGUCUUCGCAAGACACACGUCCUCGUGCCGGAGGCUAGGAGGCCGGGCGCUGCCACAGCUGCUGCCGGCGCCGCCAACACUACCGAUCACACUGUCAAGCACGACAAGCCAGGCUUCGGCUUCAUCGUCCCCGACGAGGGCGUCGGCAGCACCCCACUGUUCAAGGACCUCGAGGAUGAUGAACUGCGCGGCCUGGCGGGUCAGGUUGGCAGCCACAUGGAGAGCAUGCGGGCCAACCUCCAGCAGAUCGACGGUGUCGUGCCGCAAAUCGUCAAGAGCAGGGCCGCGCUGCAGGACGUGCUAUUCAGGCAUUUAGACCAGCAGAGCUUCGAGAAUGUCUUGUUUGGAUAA